AUGGUGGAUGAGGUAACCACCAUGAAGGAUGAUGUCAUCAAUGCCAACACGUUGGCUUGGCUGGUCUGCUCUGGCGUGUCCAUACUGGCGAAUACCUGGAGCAUCCUUAGCGUCAGUGCCAAGCAGAAAAAGUGGAAGCCACUGGAGUUCCUCAUCUGUACCCUGGCUGGGACACAUAUUCUCAACAUGGCCAUCCCCAUCACCAUGUACUGUGUAAUAACCUUGCGGCGCCAGCACUCCAACUAUGAAUGGAAUGAGGGUUUGUGCAAGGUGUUUGUGUCUACCUUCUACACAUUAACGCUGGUCACCUGCUUCUCUGUCACCUCGCUCUCCUAUCACCGCAUGUGGAUGGUACGCUGGCCUGUAAACUACAGGUUGAGUAACACCAAGAAGCAGGCAGUGCACACUGUGAUGGGCAUCUGGAUGGUGUCCUUCAUCCUGUCCACACUCCCAGCAGUGGGCUGGCAUGACACUAUUGACCGUUUCUACACCUCCGACUGCAGAUUCAUUGUGACAGAGAUCGGCUUGGGCUUCGGUGUGUGCUUUCUACUGCUGAUCGGUGGCAGCGUGACCAUGGGUGUCAUCUGCAUUGGCAUUGCUCUCUUUCAGACCUUCUCCAUUCAGACAGGCCACAAGGCUGACAAAAACAAGUUCAAUGUUCCCACCAUUGUGGUGGAGGACGCUCAGGGGAAGCGCAGAUCAUCCAUCGAUGGAUCGGAGCCUCUUAAGACGUCGCUGCAGAUCACGUACCUGAUCAGUGGCAUUGUCUUCAUCUAUGACUUCCUGACUGGCUUUCCCAUUCUGGUGGUGAGUUUCGCCAGUCUUAAGUUUGACCGCUCCUACAACUGGAUGGUGUUGUGUGUGCUGUGGUGCUCCAUCGCUCAGUCCAUCUUACUACCCAUGUUCCUCUGGGCUUGUGAUCGCUACCGGGCCGACAUCCGCAUGGUGUGGGAGAAAUGUGUCGCCAUCAUGUCUAAUGACGAAGUGGAUGAUGAAAACAGCCAAGAUGGAGGAAUUCAUGCUGACUUAAUAUAUGACAGACCAUUUGACUAUAGCUCGGCGCCUGAAAUCGUGACCAUAGACCGUAAUGCCAAGUAUGAGUUCUCAACCUUAGAAGGGGGGGUUCUGCAAGGGUAUCCAUUGAGGGAACAACAGGAAGAUAAAAUGCAGUAUUUGCAGGUGCCCCCUACAAGAAGAUACUCCCACGACGAAACAGACAUGUGGACCAGCGACCGGAUCCCCUCAUACCUGCAGCAAUGGGGCUCCAUCGAGGACGUGAUAGUGAGUGCCCAUUACAGCUCCACCUUGCCGCGCCGCGAGAGGCGCAGGAGCAGCCUGGUCUCCUACCACGAGGAGAGCCACUAUCACCAUCACCCUCACCGCAAGCGGCGGCGAUCUGAGGAUAGCAUGCACUCCCUCAGGCACCUGCCCCGCGUCGUAUGCGGCGGGGAGCGCUACGAGGACGAACUGCGGUGCUUCAGCCGCGAUGAAGUAAUCAACUUUAUAGAUGAGACUCCGGUGCCAAGCCCCAGGAAAAGCCCACGGCGCAUAUCCACCAUAUCCCUCGUCCCUAAUGUGUAUGAGCAGCACGCAGUCACGCUUCCUCACUUUCCACUCACAGACUUUGAGUGUGAGCCUCAAGCUCUCAGGCGAUCCUCAGAACACAGAAGGAGCAGCAGCAGGGGCGGCUCGCCCGAGGGUUCACCUAAACCGGACAGAUCUCCUGGGAAAACAAGCCACGGGGCCUGUGGCUCUGGAAAAGGCUGCAGAGAACGCCUGCAAGAAGGGAAACAGCAGGGCGACAUGGGCUCACCUGGGUGCAGCCAGCAAACUUCAGGGCACUCUAGCAGUAGAUCCAGAACAGGUAGGGGUCCGGGCUGUAAUGCAGGAGCUGACUGGGAACACCAAAAACAUCUCAGUAAAGCUGAAAGUAAAGGCAGCACUAACAGCUUUGUAAGCUCCCCCUCAGCAUCAUCUUCAGGGUACAUCACAUUUCACUCUGACUCUGUAGGAUCUACCACCUGA